AUGGCAGAGGGGACCCGAUCAACCGAUCUUGAAGAUCACGGUAUCAUAGCCUACGUCAUAACCCUGAGCGAGGUGUUUGCGAAGACUGCGAGAUACGUUCGACGACAUGGAAAGCCAACUAGCAUACCUCCGUGGUCUUCCGAGUCGGAGUAUUCCAAGAUAAUAACCCUCCAAAUGGAAGUGGAAUCACACAUGCCGUACAUCCACCGAUUUAAGCCCGCCAACUUUAGCGACAGAACGUUUGAUGAGCUCCAGGCCAACAGGGACUAUUGGGGGCCAUUCCUCUUGAACCAAUUUCUUUACCACACGAUCCUAUGCCUCCUCAAUCAUCCUUUGCUCUUGUCUCUGAGUCUCCGAAAUUUUCGAAGCAGCAUUCCUGAGAUUUUCUUGCAACACACCUCUGACCUUAUCUCAUCUCACACAACCUGGAUCAUCUAUUUUCUCAACUACUUUGAGGAGAGGUCUUUCCUCGUCUCGGAUCCAUUCCUAGGAUAUAGUGCGGCAGUGGUCGCCACCAUUGAACUCCAACUCAGCUUCACGGAGAACCCUACCAUCCGUGAAGAAAAACGGGACCGAUUUUUCAAGUGCGUCCGAUUCGUGCAAGCCCUGGGGCAACAGUGGCCGCAUAUGGCUCGAAUGGCAAACCGACUGCAAAGACUAGAGGACGCAGUCUCAGCUACCUAUCAACCUGAAUCCGGGGCCCAGAACAAAAGCCUAUUGAUUGAUCUUUCACGAUUCUGGGAAAUCCUAGAAUAUUCAUCCAAUAGCGAUUCCGACUCAGCGAGGCGCAUGUUCGGCGAUUCCUUGUAUUCCAAUUCGCUCGCCUUCACGGCUGAGGUCUCACAAACAUCGCCUCUGCCAGAGCCAACACGAAUGAGCGCACAGCAGGGGAUGUCACAGUCUCCAAUGCCACAUUACAGUCUCCAAACACCAUUGGGCACAGGCAUGCAGGGCGCCGUCGAUUCGAUCACUGUCUCUCAACCCUCCGACCUGCUCAACGACGAAUUCUCCAUCCUGGCAGCGAACUUCUUCUCCCAGGGCCAGGAGUUUUUGCGAAGUAGUGACAACCGAGAAGGGUUUGGGAAUCUCUAG